GGUCGGUGUUGAUGUUGGUUUGCUCUCAACUAUUUUCGCAAAAAUUGACGUGUUUUCGACCGAAAUUCAUAUCGAAAGUGUAGCAAAAGUGCUUCCGAACGUGUUACGAAGUUCGGUGUGGUGAAAUUCGUAUAUUCCCGGUUGAUUUCCGGUGGAAAUUCAGUGCAACAAAAUUGCUCACCGAGUUCUUUUUUUCCGUUCGACGACGACGGGUUUCCUUUCGCGAGAGUGACGUUUCUUGGAUUCGUUUCUUUGCACGGGUGUGUUUUUUGUAACCAGCGGUGUGUUAGUGUGCUGGGUUGGAGAUCAACCACACACCAAAGAGGCACGAGAAGAUUUCCCAGAGUGUCGAAACACAACAGUGCAGUGAUAAAAGCUUAUGCUUGUGUGCGUGUGGGGGAGAGCGAAACAGCUCGAAAUCGUGUGGAGAGUGAGAUCAGUGCUCGAGUUUCGAGGUGCGGCUGCUCGAUUGUUGUUUUGUUUUGAUUUGCUCGAAGCAUCGUCGCCGCUGAGUGAUUAAGAUUAAUCUCACUAGUAGUGAGAGGUGAAUUUCCUGUAGGGCCCAAGCUGGUGGCCGCAGCAGAGGCACCAGUAGCAGUGUUUUAUUUUUUUAUGAUGAUGCAGAUCUGCUGCUGGUGAUGAUGAUAUGUGAUGCGUUGUAAAAAUGGCGACAGCGAAUAACCGAAGGCGUGGAGGAGCCGGUGAAGGCGUCUUAUCGAAGCUUUCUUGUUCACGGUCCUGCUGUGGAGAUUUUUUUGGAUACUUGCUACGGCUGCGGGUUAGCCCGGAGGAGCUCGAACAGCGCUACAAAUCUCGCGAGAUUGAUAAGUUUCUCGAAAAGGAUAAACAUGCUUUCAGAAGACAGGUUAAACUGCUGCUGCUAGGUGCGGGCGAAUCCGGUAAAUCCACCUUCCUCAAGCAGAUGCGGAUUAUCCACGGGAUCAAGUUCGAACCCGAACUAGUUAAGGAGUAUCAACAUGUGAUCUACCAAAAUAUAGUCAAAGGCAUGCAAGUGCUGUGCGACGCUAGGGAUAAGCUAGAUAUACCAUGGGAGAAUCCCACCUCCCAGCUGGCCGCGAACCAGGCGGUCAUGUUUCACAGUGGCAUAUUGCUGGACGCCGAGCAGUUCCACCAGUACGUGCCGAUCAUCGCCAUGCUGUGGCAGGACAGAGCAAUCCGGAGGGCCUACGACCGGCGGAGAGAGUUUCAGAUUAGUGAUUCUGUUAGUUAUUUCUUAGACGAAUUAGACCGGAUAUCAAGGUUAGACUACGUUCCCACACAUCGUGAUAUACUGCACUGUCGCAAAGCAACCAAGGGUGUAUUUGAAUUUACAAUUAGAAUACAGAACAUUCCAUUCGUGUUUGUCGAUGUUGGCGGCCAGCGGACGCAACGGCAAAAGUGGACCAAAUGCUUCGACUGUUCGGUGACGUCGAUCCUGUUCCUAGUUUCAACGCCCGAGUUCGAUCAGGUCCUGGCAGAGGACAGGAAAACCAAUCGUCUCGAGGAGUCCCGGAAUAUCUUCGACACGAUUGUAAACAACACCACGUUCCACGGUAUCUCGAUUAUCCUAUUCCUGAACAAAACGGACCUGCUGGCGCAGAAGGUCAAAAACCCGGACACCGACAUCCGCUGGUACUAUCCGCAGUUCACCGGCAAUCCGCACUCGAUUCUGGACGUGCAGAACUUUAUCCUGCAGAUGUUCAUGAACGUGCGCAAGAAUACCAAAACGCCCAUCUAUCAUCACUUCACCAAUGCGGUCGACACCCAGAACAUUCAGGUCGUGUUCAGCUCGGUCAAGGACACGAUCCUGCAGCGAAACCUAUCGGCACUGAUGCUCCAGUAGUGGGACACUGGCCGGAGAAGCGCGGUUCAUACAAACGGGUGGUUUCUGUUGAUUAUUAUUAUUAGCGGUUUAGUUUUCGGUUUCUCUCGCCUCCGUUCGAGUGACCUUCCAAAGCAUUCGCCACAAGUAUUUGUUGAUUAUUGGUAAACUGCAGAACAGUUUUUCGUAGGCGCGAUAGCACGGUGUAAUUUAUUUUCGCUCUUAUCAUUGUUUUACGUUUCCUCUAGGAGAGAUUUCAGUUCUUUUCACACAGAGUGUUGCUUAGUGGAAAGAUGUUGGCACACUCGCAUGAAUAGGAUGGAAAUUCUGAAUUUCCAUCACCGGAUACAGAGUUAGGCUAAAUAGGUUAGCGAAAACAGUUACAUAGUCGGAAAAGGUAGAAGAAGGAUUACUGAGCAAAAUGCUUGUCUGGAUCGGAGCAAAUGAAAUUUGAUGAAAAAUGAAACUAGUACGUAACAUUUUAUAAUAGUAGAACAAUACAGUUUAGAGUGUAUGCCCAUAAGAGAAAAAUGGUUGUAUGUGAUUGAAAAAAAAAAUAGAACGAUAGUUGAUGAAGGCUGCCAGGACAAAUCUACUGAAUCUCUUCCUUAAAAUAACUGCCAUAUUUACAAUUUCUAUUUUUUUUUUUUUUGCUUUUGGUAACUAACUAUUAUUAUAUGUUCUCUUUAAACUCGCGAAAAUCAUAAUCUCAUUUGACAACUUGUCACACAGUAUCAUUCGAUGCAGAUUCACAGAUUAAUUGGAAUUCCGUCUCUCGGGUAAUUAUUCCUAUAGAUUCCAUAGAUAAGCGGAGGCAAAGUAGAAUGUAGCCAAACGAACUGUCACUUAUAGCGAAUUCGUUUAUUAUUCAGUUCCAACCUGGAUCGGGUAUCAAGUUUGGGUCUGCUUGGUUUCUGACAAACGUCAGUUUUCUCGUUUGUUUUUAAAACCUAGCUCAGGUUGAGGUUCGCACUGACAAAAAUUCGGUUUCUCACCCGAUAAUAAACGAAAUCGCUAUUAUAGUGUAGCCAAACGAGCAUGACGUUAUCAUGGUGUUUUUUGCGGGGGAAGUAUUGUAAUAUUAUGACCACAAAACGCUUUCCACAUUCCGAUUUAUUUCGGGAAAAACGAAAGAAGGAAACCACUCCUCGAUUCAUUGUUGCAAAGAUUUGCUUUGCACUUUUUUUAUUAAUUACUUUAUUUGUACAGGCUCAAUCGAAUAAACUUUACAGAGCCGAGUUAUAAUUUUCAAUUUACAUUAUUAAUGUCUUAUAUUUAAAAUUUAAAGUUAAAGGAACUGGACCGAAUACUCGCGGUUGUCUCGAGGUUAGUGGAGAUUUACAUUUUUUGGAUGGGAAAAGGGAGAAGGAGGUUUGAAAUGUGGUUUACGAUACUAUAAUCCUAAAAUAUGAACUUAUUUCUAUACAUCUUGAAAUUGCUUUGCACUUCAUUUUGAACUUUUGCGCACGAAAGAAAACAAAACAAAACAAAAGUGCACAAAGAAGAGCUCUAUGGUGACAUGAACAUUUUUCACGAACGCCAGUAAGUUCAUGUAUUUUUCAUGGUUGUCAAACAAACUGUUUUGGGCCUCCGCUUAUCUAUGGAAUCUAU